CUUCAACGCCUCCCCGUUUCCUCGCAGGGAGGGCGCCUGUCGCCACAAGUUCCCUGCCCGGCCAGCGGAUUAGUCAACGCGUGCCUCUAAAAAGACACGAUUAUUCCCCAAGACGGGGAAAAUAAAUUACUGCAAUAUUCAGCUACUUUGAGGGAAAAAGAAACAAACAAGAAAGUUCCCACCACCACCCCCGUCGCAACCGGAAGUUAGAAAAGAAGAUUCCUUUAUUUGUAACCGAGAUCUCGAAAGGGCCGUGCUGCUUAAAACCGAGGAACCAGAUUUGAAAGAAAAAGCCACCGGUUUUGUCCCUGGAGAGAGUAAACUGCAUCAGUCCUGGAAAUGUCAUUCUGUAAGGCAACUAAAUCUUUGGCAAAACAACUGGACCCAAAAGGAGAUCUGAUCCCAGUAGACAGCAUUAUAAACCAAAAUCAUUUUAGACCUCUCUGCCUGGUUCAAAGGAAGACAAAGAGUUCGUGGUGGCAGAACUGUCCUUUCCAUAAAACUGGAUAUGAACUAGGGGAUGUGCUGUCAUUAGAGGACCAUGCUGCAAAAUUAGAGGUCAAAGAUUCAGAUCCAAUCAUUAUUGUGGACCAGGUAGAUGGAACAGUGGAAGGGGAUUUUGGUGGACGUGUUGAUGCAACAGCCGUAGAAGUGAAAGGCACUGCUAGCCUAUCCCAUGCAAGGUCUGUGAAGGUGAAAAAAAUACAUGUUUCCUCCAGAGUCCUCGACUCUUUAACAAGCAAAGGGAAUAUCAACAUGGACCACGAGUUUAUUAAACAAUCAAAGAAGCUUCAAAGGAACCUUUAUGUGAUCUCAGAAGCAGUAGAGGUUGUGGAAGAGACACAGUUUGAUGAAUCCAGCAAAGCAGAAGGCAGCAUCUUUUACGAAGCCUGGAUCAAAAUGAAGCUGAAGGGUGCCAGAGACACCAGGAAAGCAAUUGUCAUCCCAAAGGCCUGCAUCCUGGCAUUUGCAGUUAAGCAACUGCGAAUCCAAGAUAAUACAGCAAGUCUUUACUACUAUCCAAAUAAGAAAACAAGAACUUUUGAACAACCAGGAUUUCAGUCUGAUGCAGCAGCAUCAAGCCUCCCUUCUCGGUCUUUGGUGGGCUGUAAAGACCUAGUGGAAGAAGUUAAGUGGGAAUAUGCCACGUUCACUUUGUUAUCUGCAAAUCUGUGUUGCAAGUUUCUAACUGGAUUCGUGGCUAUCAUGACGGAGAACGACCUCUUGCUAAAACUGGAGCUCCAGCUGGAAGAGGCUAUUGCCAACAAUGAUCAAUCCAAGCUGAAGGCAUUCAAACCAGAGUUGCAAGGCCUGGUGGAGAAUUUAUGUGAUGCCAGUGGAGCCAUUAACACUGACCUUGCUGAGGCAGUCCUCUACUUUCUUCAAGCUCUAAGUGAAUUGAUGGAGGACCAAUUGAUAAUCCUGGCAGAAUCUGUGGGGAAGAAAAUUGUGUCCCAGCAGCUGGCACUGGUUGAAAGCAUCCUAAAAAAUGAUUUCAGCUGCACAGAAAAAAAGUUUGCUGUACAUGCCCAGCAUUUAACCGAAGAAGACUUGAAUAUAACUGGAGCUAUGAUCGAAAUGAGUGGAGUGACCAUGGGGAAAAAUGGACCCCACCUUUUGGGGACUGGAAAGCCUGCUGCUUUCACAGCCCUCAGUGCCCUGUAUGUGGCUUUGUAUGGAUUCAAUCUCCUAUCCACAUAAGAGGGUAACUCAAAAACCUUUAGGCCUAAUGAGUUAGUUUGAUUCUACAAAAGCAAUAACCUGAGUUUCUUGAUGGAAGAGCUUGAUAUACAGAAGAUUAAGGCUGCAAUCCUAUAAAUACCAAUCUGGCAGUAACACCAGACUUACUUCUGAGUAGAAUAUAUAGAAAUGUGCUGCAAAAUACAUACAAACAUACAAUCCC